AUGUCCACCACCAACGCGGCAGCAACCCUGAUCCGCCGCCAGCUCGAGGAGAUCCGAUCGAGCAAAGGCCUCCAGGGCGUAUCGUGCGGUCUAGUCGAUGAGAGCAACCUGUUCGAAUGGGAAGUCAUGUUGAUGAUAAAUGAUGACUGUAAAUACUACGGAGGAGGCAACUUUUGCGCAAGACUGACCUUCCCCCCGACAUAUCCACUCAUGCCGCCCUCCCUACGCUUCCUGAAUACCGUUCCCUUCCACCCAAACAUCUACGAAAAUGGAGAUCUGUGCAUCUCCAUCCUCCACCCACCAGGCGACGACGAGUACGGGUACGAGGUUGCUGAUGAGCGGUGGAGUCCGGUCCAGAGCCCCGAGACCAUACUGGUCAGCACCAUCAGCCUGUUCUACGAUCCCAACAUCGACAGUCCGGCCAAUGUCGAGGCGGCUCUGCUGCUGCGCGAGGAGCGGGAAGGCCAGCAUAGAAAUUUCAAAAAACGGUGUAGGAAGUGUGUUAGGGAGAGCCUGGGAGAGGAUUAG